AUGGCUGCGACCGAGUCAUCUUAUUCAACACCUAAGUGGUGGAAAGAAGCUGUGGUCUAUCAAAUCUACCCAGCAAGCUUCCAGUGCCAGCCUGGAGUGACCUCAGGAUGGGGUACCGUAAAGGGUAUUACUUCGCGGCUGGAUUACCUCAAGUCCCUGGGUAUUGAUGUGGUCUGGUCAUCACCUAUCCUCAAAUCUCCACAGGCAGACAUGGGUUAUGAUAUCGCCGACUACAAGCAGCUCGACGAGCGAUAUGGGACUCUGGAGGACAUCGACGAGUUGAUUACCGAGCUUAAGAAGCGCGAUAUGAAACUAAUGAUGGACCUGGUAGUGAAUCAUACUAGUAAUGAGCAUCCAUGGUUUCUUGAGAGCCGCGCGGGCAUCGAUAGUCCAAAGCGCAGCUGGUACAUAUGGAAGAAGCCGAAGAGCAUUGGUCCCGACGGCGUACCAGAGCCGCCUAAUAAUUGGGCACAGAUCCUGGGUGAAGCUAAUUCCGCCUGGACAUAUGACGAGAAAACUGGCGAAUUCUAUCUAAGUCUUUUCACUCCGGAGCAGCCAGACUUGAACUGGGAAAACCCUGAAGUUCGAGAUGCUGUUUGGGAUGUAAUGCAUUUUUGGAUGACUCGAGGUGCAUCUGGUUUUCGAAUGGACGUCAUUAAUCUAAUAUCCAAAGCACCUGGCUUUCCCGAUGCAGAUAUAGUAUUGGAUCCCGGGCAUAGGUACCAGCCUGGGUCUAAAUACUUCGUCAAUGGACCGAGACUACACGAAUUCCUACGAGAAAUGUACCGGAAGGUGCUGAGUAAGUACGACACGAUUACGGUCGGAGAGAUGCCCGGAGUCAGCGACGAGAAGGAAGUCCUGCGAAGCGUCGGUGCCAAUUCUGAGGAGUUAAGGAUGAUAUUCAUCUUUGAUCUAGUCGAUAUCGACAAGCCGAACGUUAGGAUGGCCCUUAAGCCCUGGGAUGUCAAAGAGAUGAAGUCGAUUAUCACAAGGUGGCAGCGGGUUAUGAUAGAGAACGACGGCUGGAACUCAGUGUUUAUUGAAAAUCACGACAAUCCCAGAUCAGUCUCACGGUAUACUGAUGACAGUGAUGAGUGGCGAGAAAAGGGGGCAAAACUCCUUGCUCUCAUGCAGACUACCCUCGGGGGUACACUUUUCGUCUACCAGGGCGAGGAGAUCGGUAUCCGUAACGCUCCUACGACCUGGGACAUCUCUGAGUUUAAGGACAUCGAGACCAUCAACUACUGGAAGAAAUGCGAAAUGCUGUAUGCAGGCGACAAAGAGAAACUCGCCUACGGCCGCAAAGUAAUUGACAUGAAGGCGCGUGACCAUGCUAGAACUCCUAUGCAGUGGACCGCAGGGGAGAACGCAGGGUUCUGUGACCCAGGUACUAAGCCGUGGAUGCGAGUUAUAGAUGACUAUCAAAAGAUUAACGUCGAGGUUCAAAUCAAAGCAGAUGACCCCAACGAGUUUUCAGUCUGGCAGUUCUGGCAAUGGGCUCUCAAACAGAGAAAAGAUCAUGCGGAUGCUUUCGUGUACGGAGACUUCCAGGAGUUGUCUCCCGAGCACCCGGAUGUCUUUGCAUAUGUUCGUGCAAGUGGUAAGGGGGAUCGCUGGCUCGUCGUUCUUAAUUUUUCUAAGAAAGAGCUUGAGUGGACAUUACCCUCAGACUUCGAGGUCGAGUUGUGGGCUGCCGGUAAUUAUAGGAAAGGGGCUCCGGAGAAACCAAAGCAGUCAAGUUUGCCUUUGAAGCCUUGGGAGGGCGUAUUGGGGAAGCUUAAAUAA